GCGUGCCGCGCUUUCCUCGAAAAACACCUGCUACCCUUCGCGUUGAAGUGGGAGAGGGAGGAGAAGAUGCCUGACGACCUCUUCCAAACACUUCAUCAACUUAAUAUGCUACUCCUUAAUAUGUCCGCGUCGUUGCCUAUCUACUGGCUUAGGAGUCUAGGUAUCAACGAUGACGCUGGAACUCAUAUUGAAGAGGGGGGCUGUCUUCAUACUGACAUAUACCUGGAUUAG